AUGCUGCGCCGCUCAAUGUCGCUGCGCUAUGCAGCCACCAUUACCCUGAUCGCUGGGAUAAUGCUCCUGAUAGCCUCCCCCAUGCAUGGUCAGAGCGUUGCCACCGUUGCCGCCCCUCCGCCCUGUGACGACCAUGGCACUACCUACAUUGUCAACCUCGAUGAAGCAACGCCUGGCAUGCUCCGUUACCAGGGUACCAGCUCUUGCGUCUCCAAUGACACUGCAUCGAUCAUGAUUGUGAAGGAUCCUGAUCUUCCUCAUGCUGUGGUGCCCUUGGGUGAGUGGAGAUACCUGGUGAGUGUUCACAGCCCCACGCCGGCAACGAUCACACUGAAUGCGAUGUGUGGCAACACGGUCAAGUGUCAGUCGAACGUCACCUAUGUUGUGUCGCAGGCAAUGGUGUCGUCUUCCUCCUCCGCGCUGUUACCGUUCUCAUCGCAGUCUUUGAGUUCCUCGGAAAGUGUGCUGCCAGGUCCCACGUACCCACUGUGCUCGCACGCAUCCAAGGUGCGCACAUGCCCAGUGGACGGGGUGUUAGCUGAUAGCUUCCCGAUGGACAUGCAGGACAGCAGCUGCGCCUACACGACGACCAUCUCACUUGAGCCGCAUCUCGGCACUGUGACGCUAGCCUUGUCGGGACUCUUCUACACCUACACCCCCCCCAGCACCCCCACGGUCGGCGACAUCACCUCGCUUGCCUACACCGUUCAGUGCAAUGGCGCUACCGUGUGUGCCGAUGUAGUGUCCGUGGUUCUGGGGCCUGCAUCAGGCACCACCCCGCCACCGGGGCCGCCAAGCACGCUGCCGUCCUGCUCGCACAACAGCACCGUCAACAACUUCCUCAUCGGUGCGGUGUACUUUCGUGAGCUCCCGCUAGACUUGCAGGACACGAAGUGUGCGUACAAGGCGACAAUCGACGAUCCGUCUGUGGGCACGGCCGUCGUUACGGAGCCGUCAGACCCCACGAGCUACAUUUACAGCACGAGUCCCGGCACGGCGCCACAAGACACGAGCAUCCCGUACACCAUCUCGUGCAACGGCGUCAAUGUCUGUCAAGGCUCGGUACGAAUUCACCUGACGCUCGACACCCCUACUUGCCCGACCAGCGUCUCCGUUUUUAUUGUGCCCCCCGGCUCGUUGCUGCAGGGCACUGUGAACAGCGGCUCCGUGUGCAACACCGGCGCGAUUCCGUUGGCCGUGGUCCGCACCGCCGUGCCAGGCUUCACCCUCCAUGCGAAUGGCUCAUUCGUAUUCCAAGCCCCCGACACCGAGGCAGACGUGGUGGUGAUGGUAGUGAUGGAGUGCAGCGGGGUGGUUCUGUGCCAGACGAAGGUGGUGUUUGCAGUAUCCGCUUCAACAGUGGCGCCCACGCCGACGCCGACUACGGCGCCGAUCGAGGCGUGCCCCAAGUCAUUCCUAUAUGAAGUGCCGACUGGGGAGUCGAUCAACGGCGCCCUCGACGCGGUUCCUUCCUCUUCGUGUAACAGUACCACAUACCUACUCGUGAACCGCAGCAGCGACGUCAAGGGCGAUCUGAGCCUGAACCUUCUGGGUCAGUUCCGCUACACGGCGCCCAGCUUGCAGCGCGUCGAUUACGUCGUCGUAGACGUGUUCUGCGGCAAAGUGUUUUUGUGCCGUACAAAGCUGGAGUUUGUGGCCUACACCCCAGUUCCGACCCCUUCUCCGACCAGCUCACCGCUGCCGCCGUGUGCGAACGUGUAUUAUUACCAGACGACUCCAGGUGUGCUCAUAAGGUCGUCGCUGAACAAUGUGCCUGGGCAGGAUCCGUGUGCGCAUGGCCGCUACUUCAAGCUCAACGACGCUCCACAGGUGGGCACCCUCGAGUUGGCGCUGGCGGGAGACUUUCUCUUUCAUCCGCCAACGCAGGAGGGCCAGCUGUCCUUCACGUUCACUAUGUACUGCCUGGGCCAGCCUUUCUGCACCGGAACAGCCUACCUGCUGGUGUCGAAUGAGUGGACGCUGGGCCCGACACCAACACCCUCACCAAGCGAACCGGAAGGCGAUACCAUCAUCAGCAAGCAGAUCACCUGCCGCGGCACGUGUAACACGAAAGCCUGGAAGACGUACCCGAACACGAAGGUCUGGGACAUCACGCCUGGCACCGGUUACACCCGCAUGGAUGGCCGCCCGGUCGAUGGCGUGACCGUCACGUGGCGCAAUAACUCCCUUGUCGUCCUCGCUUACAGUCUGAUUGGCAACCUGGGCGCGCGCUUCCCCACCUUCGAGCUGAUUACAACGACCCCGAAGGCAUACAUGGAGCCAACGGACUUUGCCGACAGCGUUGCCGCUGGCUCUCUUAGUUUUGAAAUGAGCUGCCUGGCCAACCAAGGUCGCACUGGCAUGGGCGAGGAUGUGUGGAAGUGGACCAACCUGUCUCUCGCCUCUGGCACUGGCAGUGUCGGUGCCUACUACAGCUCCGGCAAGUCGUGGUACCAGAAGUUUGGGGGCAAGCACGUGAACUGCGACACUUUCACCGACCCGUGCACCUAUGCUCCGCUGCUGACGCCAGCGAGCUACAUGAACAGCUCUCUUGGCUUCUGGACGAUCGACGUGAAGGACUGCGAUGUCACGUGGGCAGGCAUGUUCCCGUUCAGCUCGAUGAAAAGGAUGGUGAAGCAUGACGGGUCGCCGGUGUGGACGUUUGCCGGUAGACUUCAGCUUGAGAGCACGCUCUACUCGGAGGCCGUGCAAGCGAGCUCGUGGGUCGAGCCUGGCCAGUUUGACGCGAACUACAGCGCGCACGACAUUCUUAUCAACCUUAACCAAUUCGUCACGGUGACCAAGUGGGGGGUGCAGAAGUCGCUGAUCUCCGUCGACGCGGAGCUCUUCACGUACGUGGACAACGAGACACACGACCAGGCGUUCGGCAUCAACAUGCUUGUCUACCCCUUCGUGGACUCGUACAUGACAACCAGCUAUGCCAGAGACCGCCAUGUGAGAGGCUUCAAGUGGAUAUCACAGGACUGGAUGUCGCCGAGCUCCGAGCAGUGCCCGACGUGCACCGGCUCGAAGACGAAGUGUGCGGCACCACUGGAGGGGGCGGACGUCUCCUACACGGGGCCUAACUUCCCGGAGGGCGACUGCCCAAAUGGUGAGGGCCGUGUGCACCUCUUCAAGGGGCCUGCCAUGAUGCGUGGCGAGUGCCCAGAUAACAAAAUGCACGUUUUCAACCAGUACGGCUUCUCACCGACGCAGAACUGUUAUACGACGUACCAGAACGUGACGCUGCGCGGUAUCGUGCCGGGAAGCAGCGGCCUCAACGAGACCCUCGCGCGCGCCUUCAGCUACGAGGGCACGGUGCAGCUCAUCCUGCUCAUGGACGACCACAGUUACGUGCGGGUCAACUUGCGCCUGUCCAUGUACGUCUCUCGACUCUCGAAGGAUGCACACCACAUCGAGGGUGGGAUCAGCACGUGCCGCAGCGGUAGCUACUGGCCGGUGCUAGACCCGCUCGGUUUCUCGCUGGCGUCGAACCCGUUUCCGCUCAGCGGCGCCGCGGUGAAGCCGUUGUGCAUUGACGACCUCAGUUCCUCGUACGGCCCAAGCGACUGGGCGCUCUUUACCCUCAACAUGCCUGGCGUUAAGCCGAGCGAGGUGACGGUGCGCAGCGUGUACGUGCUGCAUAACAACUCACGCAUCUACCUGAUCUACAAGGAUCCGAUCGAUGGUGCGCUUACGAUCCCGAGCAGCGGCGUUGACGGUGCCUGGUGGCAGUACAAGUAUCCCUUCCUCGCCUUCCGCGACUUGGCGGCCCAUGUGAAGAACAACAGCAUCACCUACAGCAGGCAGAUGGAGACUUCCGCGGCGGCGGCAAAUGUUGUGUACGCCUUCACCUUCAUCCCUGGCUCGCUCAACGUGGACACAAAUAUCGAGGUGGUGGUGGAUGCACUGAUCCAAUCCGAUGGGAUGGCGGCAAGCACGGUGGAGUUCCGCCGUGUACUGCACGUCGACCCGCUUCUGACGCAGCUCAGUCGCCAGGGCCCACCGCCGGAGGAUUUGUCCUCGCAGCGUGGGCAGGACAAGACGGACUUGUACGCCAUCGGCGCCACCGCUGGCGUGGCCGCAGCCCUGGUAGUCACCGUCAUCUUCUUUAUUUUAGCGGACAACAGCCGGCCUUUGCCCAAGUGGGUGCCGCGCGGCAAGCUCAUCAAGGAGACGGUGCUGUCUGUGCUGCCGGCUGGCUUGCGCGGGAAGAAAAAGCCCAAGCACGUAGUUCACAAGGACAUGUACGACGCGAUGAGAUCCGGCAGGUACUAA